CUGAAAGCAGUGUGUGCAAUGAGGGCAGCAGCCUCGCACCCGCUCCCUCCACCACCGUAUGAACACGAGCUGAAGAACGCUCUGUCCUCCAGUGAUGGCAGCUCACUGAGACCAACACACCUCAGGACACGGAUGACAAACGGCACGUUUAUCAACAGUCAUGGGUUUCCACAUGGCCAUAACAGAGAACAUGCAGAUAAACAAAAUACUGGUGAGAGUCCAAGGAAUCUAAACAACCCAGUGAAGGUCUCAAGGAGCCAUCAGGAGCUGCACAGAGAGCUGCUAAUGGCCCACAGGAAGUAAGAGCAGUACUCUUCAUCUCAGUUUGUCAUCUCUAUAUGGAGAAAUAUCGCAAGCGACACUGAUGCUGACCCAACCAGGUCCGUUAGAAAGGAACUGCUACCUUUUCAUAAAUCGCAGAAGCAGUGAAUCGAGGUCUGUUAAAAAUUGAUGACAGUCUCGUUCUCUCUCUCGCUCUCUCUCUCUCGUCUUUUGUGUCACACAAACUACGCUUGGCCACACGGACUGCAAUCGUACACCGUCUCACAUGAGCGCUGUGUCAGGCACUGUAACGAUAGACAUGCACCUUACUGGAUAGCUCUUCUUUACAGCACUGAGAUAUCAUACGGACAGCUGAGACACUGGAUUGGUUAAAACCAGUGCUCAGUUUAGCCUUGGCCACAGAAUGGCAUAAGCAAUUAAAUUGUAACAGUCAUGGUGUAAUACAACUAUAACAAGUGACAAGUAACAGCUACUCUCCUGCAAUGACACUAACUAACAGCACUGCCAACAUAUCGAUUCUGAUUGGUCAGAAUAUGUUGAUACAUUUUCUAUAACUGCA